GUCAGGCAGUCAUUUUUAUCGUAAACAACGCAACACAGAAAUUCCAGCGUUUGAUUUAGUUUACUACGAACAAAUUCAAGGGUUUUUGGAAACUGGCCAAAAUGAAGCUAACUUUACCGCUACAGGGAUACUUUGAAUUGUUGAGACAUCAACCAGGGGAACAAAAGUACGUCUGCAUAAACUGUGGCCGGCCCGUGUCUGGAUUGUAUCGGAGGAUCAGCUCAACAGUACUGAAAAUUAUAGACUGUGAAAAAUGCAACCAACCGGCAGAUAAGUACAUCGAAUUUGAGGUUCUUAUCAUACUGAUUGAUUUGAUACUGCUUUCAAAGCCUGCAUAUCGACACAUUUUGUACAAUUCCAAUUGCAAGAACCUAUGGAAAAUAGGAUGUAUUCUCAUUCUGUUGGAAGCUUAUUGCUUCUGGACUGACUCAUUCCGUGGUAUCACAAGCAUUAGCUAUCGGUCGCAUGUAAAUGAUCCGUUUCUUUCCGAAAAAGGAUUCUACCUCUCGACGGUACACUUUCUAACCGGAUUCGCUUUGCUGUUUGGAUUCAUUUACCUUUUUACUCGAUUGUUGCAUCGUGGUGUUCCUUUAGUGUCUGGUAAUGGCACCAGCUACCCUUACAUGCUGCUACACGGCGUCAUUCUGGCCAGCAUAGGGAAGUUUCUAUUCAUACCGAUCAUAAUCUGGAGAGAGAAUUCCACCGAAACUAGUAUGGCCGUUCACAUCGUGCUCGUCCUCGUGUACUUUGUGAUAUCGAUCGUACAGAUACAUUCGGUUAUAAGUGACUGUUCGCGAUCGCGUUCCUGUUUAAUUGUCCUUCUAGCGUUUAUUGUAAAAGCAUAUUUCCUAACGAGGGUCAGUGGGCUUUUACAGGAGUUUGUCUAAUAAAUGGUGUAUUAUAUUUGCGUUUCUA